AUGGGUUUUCAACAAGAGAAUCAAGCUUUGUUGCUAGAGCAGAAACAGAAAAUUGAGGAAGAAACUUAUGAGAAAAUUGGAGUUGCCUUGGAGGAAUUACGAUAUGGUUUGGGAGUUGAUUUUUGGAAUACUCCGAGAGUAGAACAAAACCACGUAUUUCAGACUGGAAAAGAGGUGGAGUUGGCUCAGGGUUCAGUGGAUGUUAAUGGCAAUAUAACUGCACACCACUUGGUUCAGAGGAUCUGUAGUAAGAAGAAACAAAGAAGGUAUCCUAAGACUUGGAAAUUUAAGUACAAACAGGAGCAUUCAUGGGGAAUUCUGCCUCAAAAUGAACAACAUGAACUCAUGCGAAGCAAGAAGAUUAUAUGUAAAAUGAGGCUGAGACAGGACACAUGGAGCAAGAAACAGUAUUGUCAAUUUCAAGGGAAGCCUGAUAUUGUUUCAAGUUCAUCAAAAGCAGAUGGUGCACCAGAAUCAGCACAAGAGAACUGGAAAAGAACCAUUUUUUAUAUGGCACAUAUAGAGAACAAAGCUAUCCGUAAUCAGUACGAGAAUGAUGGAGUUUCAGCAAGGAAACUGGUUCUUAUUCAGCAAGGAAUUGGUUGUGUUGCUAGAUUAGUGUUGAGCUUAUAA